ACAAAAACUGCGAUGGAACAAAAAAUUACAAUUUCAAAUCCUAACAAUUUCGAUGAAGAAAUCAAUAAUAUCGUAAAGGAAUACGAAAAGAAAACCAUUUAUGUGUUAUUUUAUGGAGAUUGGUGUCCUGAUUGUAUAAAUGCUACCCCUAUAAUCCAGAAAUAUUUCAACAACAAAAAAUCUGAUUCUGUGCUUGUUGAGGCUUCUGUUGGUACAAGAGCAGAAUAUGCAAAUAGUCCGUUUAAGAUUCAUCACAGAAUUGAACUUGAAAAAAUUCCUACAUUGAUCAAAUGGUCAACUGAUAAAGCAAAUGAUAAUCGCUUGGUAGAGAACGAUAAUGAUGAAUCGAAUAAACAACGAGAACAUCAUAUAAAUAUUAUUUCAGCCGAAAAAAUUAUUGAUAAUAGAAUCAAAUUUCAAAAAGAAAAUAUAUACAAUCGUGUUAAUUAUGAAUUAUUAGAAGAUUUUCCAAAAUGGCUUAAAGGAUUACAUAUGCAAAACCUUGCACAUUAUUUUAAAGGAAAGAAAUGGCAAGAUAUUAUAAAAAUGAAUGAUGAGGAUUUAGAAAAGUUGGGGAUUACUGAUCAUUUCACAAGAUCAACAUUAGGAUCGCAUUUUUGGGUUAUUCAAGUUGACCAUGCAAUAAAGUUUGGAUUACCUAUACCGCAAAAAAAUUUUCUCAGGGAUUGGAAACAACUAUAUGGAAAAGAAGUUUUAGAAGACUUUCCUGCAUACUUAGACUUAAUUAGAAUGAAACGAUUAGCUCCAUUAUUUAAAAAUAAAAAAUUUGAUGAAAUUUUGAAAAUGAAUUCUCAAGAUUUAAAAG